AAUCAUUUAUGAACAGGAUGAACAGUGGCAUGUAUCCAGGUCAACCUACCAUGAAAUACAGUCAUAAUAGAUUAGUGAGAUAAGAGGAGAGAAGAGUUGGAAUUGAUGAUUGUGGAGUGGAAUUUAAGAAGGGGAUUCGUGAAGAGAAGAACUGGGAGGAGGAGGAGGAGCAGGUGAUCGAAGGAGGAAGAGGAGGAGAGGAAGAGUAUGGGCCGCUCGUCUGUGUGGAUCUUUCUGCUGUCCCUUUCUCUCUCCCAUCAAAGCGUCACAGCACAGGCUGAAGCAUGCAGGACGGUGGUGCAGGCAGACAUAGUGUUUCUGGUGGAUGAGUCAUGGAGUGUGGGCCAGACCAGCUUCUCCAGUGUCAAAGACUUCAUCUCAACCAUCGUCUCCUCCUUCAAGGACAGUGUGGUGGGACCUGAGGGGGUCCGCUUUGGAGUCACUGUCUUUGGGGAUAUCGCAAGGAUGCGGAUUGCUUUGACAGACUACAGCUCACUGGAGGAGGUGCUCAGAGCCAUCAGAGAUCUCCCCUAUGAGGGUGGAUCCAGGAGGAUUGGUGAUGCCCUUCAGUUUCUGGUUGACCCCGUGUUCAGCCCUGUCAUCAGUCGAGACCAUGCCCCAAAGAUAGCUGUAAUGAUCACAAACGGACGUUCAGACGACCAGGUGGACGCCGCAGCCAGAGCUGUAGCUGACAAUGGGAUUUCUCUCUUUGCAGUAGGUCUUUGGGGAGCUGACGAUUCAGAGCUGAGGAGGAUUGUGUCAGAGCCACAUGAGGAGCACCUAUUACUGGGCACUGACUACUCUCACCUUGAAACCAUUCUUCCCAAACUGUCCCGCAGAGUGUGUUUUACUGCUUCUGAGCCACCGCUUCCUGUGAAAACCUCCCCACCUGUCAAAGAGCCUGUGGUGGGUCCCAAAGACCUGCAGGUCAGCGAGUUGGCCCACAGUUCUGUCAGACUGACAUGGAGCCAGGCCACAGGUGAUGUCACCGGAUAUCGUCUCCUGAUCUACCCUCUCAGCUCCGGUGGGCACCUCCCACCACAACAAAGACAGGUUGAUCUAAAGGCAGAUGUGAGCACAGCGUUGGUGACGGAGCUGAGUCCCAAAACAGACUAUUCCCUCACUGUCUACGCCAUCUACCCCAGCCUCAUAGGAGACUCUGCAGCAAUCACUGUCCAAACAACCCCAUUGCCUCAGGUGUCAAACUUCCGUGUUAUUGAGGAGGGCCUGUUCUCUCUGCGCCUGGGCUGGACGCCUCCUCUAGGAAAGCUGAACGGAUACAAGAUCUCCAUCCCAAGACCCAACCGCCCAGGAUUUAUUUAUGAGAACAUGCUUCCUGGAGACACCUCUUCUCAUGUGAUUGACAGCCUGGAGGAAGAUAAGAAGUACACCAUCAGUAUUUAUGCUGUUUACCCCCAGGGACAAAGUGAAACAGUUUCAAUAGUGGGCAAGACAUUAAAGCUGGUGCAAGUUAAGAAGUUCCUUGUCCAAAACGCCACCACAGACACCGUCCAGGCGAGGUGGGCAUCAGUUAAGGGAGCCACAGGAUACCGUCUGACAUGGGAAUCCCCAGAUGGCCACAUAGCGAACGUGAACCUCGGGGACAACUUUAACUUCUACAUGAUCCAGGGCCUUCACUCAGCCUCUGAGUACACCGUCACCAUCAACCCCAUCUUUGGAGAUAUUGAGGGGCCCAUCACAACCACUAAAGUCAAGACAUUGGAAAGCAGUGCAGUACAAACUUUGAAAGUGUCUGCUGUGAGCACCAGUACUGCGGUCGUCUCAUGGAACAGUGUCCCAGGAGCCACAGGAUACAGACUGGCCUGGGGACCCACUCCAGAGUUUGUCGGUCGGGACCGUCCCAGGCAGUUGGCUCUGAACAGCAGCACCACAGAGUACCAACUGAAGAAUGUAGCCCACGAUACUGAGUAUGUCCUGUCUCUCUAUGUGCUGUUUGGAUCUGUGGUGGGGCCUGGUAUCAGUGCUACCUUCAGAACUUCUCCGUUGGGCUAUGUGUCCAACUUCAAGGUGUCGUCCUACACCAGUACAUCCAUAGAUGUGGAGUGGAGUCCCAUUGUUGGAGCAACUGAGUACAAACUUUCUUGGACCACAGGUGACAGCAGCCCUCAGUCCCGUUACCUGGAUCGCAGUGUUCUCUUCCAUCGUAUUGAAGACCUGAACCCACAGUCCACAUACACAAUCACCAUCUGCGCGGUGUACGGCAACUCAGAGGGACCAGAAAUCUCCUUAUCUCAGCUCACAGCUGCUGUCUCAGACUCUCAGCCAAUCCAGUCAGUGAGGGAGGUGAAGGUCGUGGACAUUGGAGUCAACUCCUUCACCCUGUCCUGGAGGAAAACACCAGGAGCAUCUGGAUACAAAAUCUCCUGGAUCCCCUUCCUGGGGGGUGAUGAGAAGUCUGACGUAGUGUCUGCCGCUUCCACCACUUUCACCAUCCACAAGCUACGGGAGAGCUCAGCUUACAAGAUCCAGGUGUCCAACAUGGUGGGCAACCGGGAGGGAAGCCCAGUCCUGCUCACUGCACGCACCUUGGAUCUUCCCAAAGUGAAUGACUUUGCUGCUCUGAACACGACAGACAGCAGCACUGUUCUGAACUGGACACGUGUGGCUGGUGUUUCUGGAUACCUUCUCUCCUGGAGACACAUCUCAGUGUUGGAGACUAAAACAGAGACCCUGGGCCCUGGUUUCAGCUCCUAUAAGAUCAGCGAUUUGCUCUAUGGAAGAACCUAUAUUUUUACCAUCAGACCCUUGUAUGGAGAAGUGGAGGGCCCUAUAAGCACUGUGUAUCAAAGAAUAUUGGGAUCGGAUCGUCCGCUGGUAACAGUCCAGCCUGUGCCAGCCACAGUCGCUCCUCGUAUCACGACUGCCUCCAUCAGCGAUACCACCAUCACUCACACAGCCAUCAGGACCACACGGCACCCCAUCGCUGUGCCACCGACUAAACCCAUAAUCACCAAAAAGCCGAUUGUCACUGAAGCCAAAGCAGCAGAAGUCACCCCCCUUCGAUUGACCACACUCAGUGCACAGACAACAGCUCCACCAAGACCAGUGUGUGGUAAGGCCAAAGCAGACAUAGUGUUCUUAGUGGACGAGUCCUCCAGCAUUGGCGCUAACAACUUCAUCAAGAUGAAAGACUUCAUAUUCCGAGUGGCAACUUACUUUCCUGUCGUUGGUCCUCUGGGCACACAGAUAGCCGUGGUUCAUUACAGCGAUGAGCCUCGUAUUGAAUUCCGUCUAAGUGACUUUAAAGACAGGAGUUCUGUGCUCAGGGCGCUCAGAGCGCUACGCUAUGGAGGGGGCAACACCAAAACAGGAAAAGGCAUCAGCUAUGUUCUGCAGGAGCUGUUCCAGGAGUCUCUAGGGAUGAGGCAGGAUGUGGCGCAUGUUCUGGUUCUGAUUACAGAUGGCAGGGCCCAGGAUAACGUGGAGCCGCCCUCUAGGAUUGCACGUGCUCUGGGUGUCAGUGUCCUGGCAGUCGGAGUUUCUAAUGCAGACAUGGAGGAGCUGAAUAAGAUCGCAGCACCCACCAGCUACAAAAACAUCUUCUACUCACCAACCUUUGAUGACUUCCCCUCCAUAGAGAGAGAAUUUAUCAAUAUCAUCUGUAGUGAGGAGCUCCUCUCCGAGUUCAAACUGAAUGAUGAGUCUGCUCAGUUGGACACCCCGACUGAAGACCCAGGGGAGCUGCUCAAGCCUCAGGGUCCCUGCUCCUCCCAGUGUGCGAAGGGCCAGAAAGGGGAAAAGGGAGAUGGUUUUGGUGGCGGAGGUCUGAGAUUUCGGCAAAGCCCUGGACAGUUUGAUCCUUUCACGUCUUCCAAAGGAGAGAAGGGAGAGAGGGGGCCUCCUGCAACAGAUGGUGUACCUGGGCUGCCAGGACGACCAGGGAGAACUGGACCACCAGGUUCUCCCGGCCAGCGGGGCCCUCAAGGCAUAUCAGGUGAUAUGGGUCCACCUGGAGCCCCUGGUCAAAAGGGACAGAGAGGAGAGAGGGGAGAGCCUGGAUAUGUUAUAGGUGGCACAGACGCAAAUUUCGUUCCUGGGCGAAAAGGAGAGCCAGGAUCUUCUGGUCCCCAGGGGCCUCCUGGUGUACCAGGGGUCAAUGGAUCUCCAGGCCUACCUGGCCAGCCAGGACCACCAGGGUCACCAGGAAUAUCUGUCAAGGGAGAUCCUGGGGAGAUUGGAGCCAAAGGUUUACGUGGGAAGCCGGGUGUGAAAGGAGACAAAGGAGAGUCGGGAAAAGACGGUACUGCAGGUUUGCCUGGUCCAAUUGGCAUUGAUGGGGUGCCAGGAUUACCAGGUCAGAGAGGAGAGAAGGGGGAAGAAGGAAUUGGUAUACAAGGUAUUCAAGGUCCUCGUGGAGAGCCUGGAGAGAAGGGAAAUAUUGGCUUAACAGGACCAGUUGGCCUCAAGGGUGAUCGUGGAGAGCAGGGCAUCCAAGGAAUCAUCGGACCUCGGGGCAAGAAGGGAUUCAAAGGGGAGCAAGGGGAAAAGGGAGAACGAGGAGAGAUGGGACCAGUAGGACCACAAGGACCCACCGGACUGACAGGUCCUUUAGGGUUGAAAGGAGAUGAGGGUCCAAGAGGAGCUCCUGGAGAUCCUGCCAAGGGUGUAAUCGGCCCAACAGGAAAAAAGGGUGCCAGGGGAGACGUUGGUCCAGUCGGCCCCGUGGGCCCCCAGGGAGUAAAGGGUGACCAAGGAGACAAAGGAGAAAAGGGUAGUCCUGGUUUUGGGAUUCCAGGACAGCGGGGCGAAAAGGGAGAAAAUGGCGAGAGGGGAAAUGUUGGUUUGUCUGGAAAACCAGGACCAAAAGGGAAGGAUGGCUCUAAAGGUGACAAAGGGACUAUCGGGUUAUCCGGCAAUCCUGGAGAACCAGGAUUAAGAGGUAAAGAUGGUGCACCUGGAGUUAAAGGAGAUCAAGGAACUAAGGGUGAAGUAGGACCCCCUGGAGAGCCUGGUGACAGAGGAAUUAGGGGUCCACUGGGGUUACCAGGGCGACCAGGGGACCCAGGGGAGAAAGGAGAUACUGGGGCGUCUGGCCCGUCUGGUGCUGAUGGAAAGAAAGGUGACAAAGGGGAGCAGGGAAAACCUGGACCUCCGGGAGGACAAAUUGUUGCAGACAACAAUGUACUGACCAGAGUAAUAAAGGGUGAACCAGGAGAGCCUGGUCAGCCUGGUUUGAGAGGAGAGACAGGUCUGCCUGGUCCACAAGGUCCAGAGGGGAAACCUGGAUUACCAGGACUCUCUUUGGGUGGUUCUGGAAGAGACGGAUUUGAUGGUUUUCCAGGGAAACCAGGAAUGAAGGGUGACCAGGGACAAAAAGGAGAGCCUGGCCUGAAUGGAGAUAAAGGAGACCAAGGACGUGUUGGGAUUGCUGGAAUGCCUGGUUUACCAGGAACUCCAGGGAGACCUGGCAUUGACGGGAAGAGGGGCUUGCCAGGAAAAGAUGGAGAAAGAGCACCAAAAGGAGAUGAAGGCAAAAAGGGGGAAAAGGGAGAGGCAGGUGCAAAUGGUAAAGAUGGCAGUAAAGGGGAACCAGGACCUCCAGGUUUGCCUGGUCGGCAGGUGCUUGUCACAUCAGAGGGCGCCACCCUCGAUGAAAUCCGAGAAGCAUUCCCAAUCCCAAUGGGUCCCCCAGGAGUUGCUGGUUCACCAGGAAUGAAGGGUGAUAAAGGAGAACAAGGCCUGAAAGGAGACAAGGGUGAUGCUGGAGCUCCUGGAAAGUCUAUUGAGAUGAAGGACAUUGAAGUGAUGUUUGAAGCAUACGGCAUAAGGCUGCCUUUGCUGAAGGCUUUGAUCGACAGGCUGCUGCAGGAUGGAAUAGAGGAGCUGCUUCAGGUGCUUGGCACCUCCAGGAAAACAAAGGAAAAGGCAGACACUCACACCUCCAAUGUCAUCACUGAGUACACAAGUUCAGUGAAGUUUGACCUCGCUGGCCAGCCGCUGAAAGAGUUGGACACUAUUGAGGAUCCUGAUUUAGAUGGACAGCUUCCAGAGUCUUUGGAACGUUUGAAUGAAACUGCAGAGGGUCCGACUUUAUGGUCCAUCACCACGCUGAAUGGAGAAGAGGAGCUCGACAGGAUCAGCACCAAGCUAAAGGGCUCCAGAGGGAAGGAGAUAGUAGACGGGGGCAGUGACAGAUUAUCAUCGCUCAGAAUUAAUCUGACUGUGGUCAAUUCUACUUACAAUUAUACCACGACCCAGGAGACAGUUUCAGGGUUACCAGAAACUGUGGCGGAGACUGUUCUCCUCACUCAGGAAGACUCUCUGAAGAAGAACUCAGGACAAAAGAAAAAGAACAGAGAACGUGGGAAGGGCAAAGGAAAUAAAGGACGACAUAAGAGGCAGAGACAACGCCUGACAAGCGACGAGGACAAGCAAGAGGAGGAUGAGGAGUUUUAUAACGGCGAAGAAUACAGCUAUGAAUACGAGGAUGAACUCUCACCAGAUGACCACUUGGCCUCUCAGGAGGGGAGAGACAACCGACAGGAGGAACAGUUACCCACACACAGUCCUGCCCAGUUAGAGACACUGGCGGGAACCUCCAGUUACCCUCUAACAUCCUCCACAGACAGACAAACAGAUGAACAGGAGGAACAAUUACUCACACACACUCCUGCCCAGUUAGAAACAUGGGUGGAUCCCUCCAGUCAUCCUCUAAUAUAUUCGACAGACAGAGAAACAGAUGAACAGGUUGCCUUGACAACCACAGAGCCAUUAUCUCAACCCAUGACUGAUAGAGAAAAGGAUGAAGUGUCACUUCCGUCACCUGCCGUCACAACAGAAGAACCAGAUAAGGUGCCUCGAUCCAAAAUCAGGGUGAAGAGGAGCGCCCCCUGGCCUGACUCCAUGGUGUUCAUGCCAGGUGCCCCAGGUGGAAGACGUCGCUUCAAGGAGGCACCAAAACAUCUUUCCUCUGGAGCUCAAGGUUACAUCUGGAGUCAGAAGAAGCAAGAAAAACCUGACCUUCAAACACAUACCAGGAGGCAAGAAGUGAGGGAGAGGCAGCGAUACAGUGAUACAGAAAAAGAGACACAAGAUGGAGGAGAGGAACCGACUGAAGGAGAGGAGCCGACAGAAGAAGUGGAACCAACUGAUGAAGUGGAACCAACUGAAGAAGUGGAGAAGUGGGAGGUAGAACAAGAGAAGGAAGUAGAGAUAGAUGGAGAUACAAAAACAAGCCCUGAUCCAGACUAUGAGGAGGAGGAAGAGAGGAGCGGAGACUACGACUGGGAGACAGAGGAGGACGUGGAUCGAGAGAGGGGAGGAGAGGAAGAUGCCGACCUGGAAAAGGAAAGGGAGCGGGAGAGGAUGGAGAUGGAGAGGGAGAGGGAGGAGCUGGAGAAAGAGAAGGAGGCCGAGCUGGAGCUGGAGAGAGAAAAGAACUGA